UGCUGGGACCACUGAACUCAGAAACACAGAAAGAGAUCAUAUUUGAAAUAUGGCUCAAAGUGACUUCCUCUACCCAGAGAACCCAAAAAGGCGGCAAGAAGUAAAUCGUCUUCACCAGGAGCUCCUUGACUGCUUAUCUGACAGCUUCCAUGCCACCAAUAAGCUGAUUGGGGUUUUAAAUACGCACUUAGGGUGCAGGCUGGCCUCCAUUGAAAUGAAAAGAGAUACGACCAUCAAAGAAAACUGUGAUAUCAUCAUCCAAGCCAUGAUGAAAAUCCAAAAAGAAUUGCAAAAGGUUGAUGAAGCACUAAAAGAUAAACUAGAGCCAACCCUUUAUAGAAAACUUCAGGAUAUUAAGGAAAAAGAAACCGAGAAAAUUGCAAUAGUACAAAAGGUUAUUUCAGUCAUCCUGGAAGAAGCUACUUCUGCUGCCAGUGCAGUGGCUGUUAAACUCGUGGGCUCAAACAUCACAACUGGCAUAAUUAACAAGUUGGUCACUGUGUUAGCUCAAAUUGGUGCUUCUCUCCUUGGUAGCAUAGGAGUUGCUGUUCUUGGCCUUGGCAUAGAUAUGAUCUUCCGUGCCAUCCUGGGAGCAGUGGAGAAAACACAGCUUCAAGAAGCUAUCAAAAGUUAUGAGAAGCAUCUGGUGGAAUUCAAGUCAGCUUCAGAAAAAUAUCAUCAUGCCAUUAUUGAGGUCACCAACACAGUGAAACACCAAAUGAAAUAA